CGCUGCAGCCGAACGCGGUACAACGUAUUAGAGAAUAACAAGAGUUGUUUUGUUUUUUUUUUUUGGGUUUUCGGUUUAUGAUAAGCGGUGCAGUUUGUUUUAUCGCUUCGCAACGUCGAAAAUUUGACAAAGUGCAAAAUUGGAUAUCGUUGAAUUGACGGAUGUCAAGUCAUUUUGAAAAACUAAAAAAUUGAUUUACACGAUUCGUGUGUUUUUCUUCUUUGAUUGAUGACUAAAAUUAAGAAGGAAAAGAAAAAGCAUCAAACAGUGUUGUGUGUAACAUUCGUCGCAUUGUAUCGACGAUGAAAACUAAAAUAACCAUUUAAAGAGCAAUUUUGAAAAUAUUUAAAAAACGAACCGACAAUAUUUUGGAUAAAGUGUUGAAGUGUUCACUAUCAUGGACACCACGCAUUAUUUUGGAUUACCGUCGAUGAAUCUAUGUGAUUCUCAGUGAAGAAAUAUAAUAAAUCAGUGCGUUUUCAACAACGAUACUAAUAAAAAAGACAAUUGAAAUAUUUCGAUAACUUGAUCAAUUUAUCGACAUCAAAAUGCUAGUCGACGAGAUGCCACGUAGUUUCGUUAAAAGAAACAACAGCUACAGUCACUGUCCGCUUAAAAAGCGACCGGUGCACGUAAUGCUGGCCGAAGAAGCCCAAACCGAACCGAUUAAAGAAGAGUUGAAGGAGGAGGUAAUCGAGGUUGUAACGGACGACCCGAUACCGGAACCGGAAAACUUGAGCACGAAACCGGAGGAUUUGAGCAGAACAGCCGAAAAAUAUCUGCAUAAAUCGAGCCUAAUGAAUUCGUUACCGACGUCGUCACCGUCAACGUCACCGGUCGCCACGGCGAUGAUUUCUACCGAAAGAACAGCGUCGACGAUACCGAAAACAACGACAGCCACAACGCCGUUGAGGUCUCCGUCUCCGCGUCAGACGAGAUCGCCAUCCCCCGUUCUGCCGCAUCACCAUCAUAACAAUAACAACAAUCAUCACCACAUGACACAAUCGGUUACGAACUCCUUUCAAAUUCAUCAUCAUCAUCACCUCCACCGCAAUUAUCCCGUGAAAAGUUUGACGCCACCGGCAGGAGUUGUUCCCGUCGCGGUGCAUCCGAUGGCUAAAAAAGCGAGAGUGGAAGUGAUCCUUCACGAAAAUUCAUCGUCCUCGUCGUCCUCGUCGUCCGGUCAAACGGGUCCGAUGCAUUUCAUGGCAACGGGUGGAUCGCCAACGGUGGCUGUAUCGUCGGGAGCGGUGGUCCCUCUGGAACCUUUGAACCUGAACACACCGGUGGAACCUUUGGCUCGUUACGCAACCCCCGCAUGGGCCCGAUCAGCGCCUUUGUUUCCACCACAUUAUCUCCCGUAUCCUGCGGCGUACCGUUAUCCCAGUGGUGCGGAACUUUAUCCAGCUUACCCGGUACCCGGUUCGGCCGGAUAUCCAAAUUCAUCGCCGGAUCAUCCAUCGGCGUCUCCACCUCCCCACACGGUCUUGACAUGUCCGACGAUUCAGCGACCUGUCGCCAGGAGUUACGCACCUUGGGCCAGUCCCGAUCAUUGCGGAUUGUCGCCGACGAGUUCAUUGGGUUCCGGAUCACUGAGAUCGCCACCACCCGUAACACCGGAAGACCUUUCGUCCCCCGGUAGCGACAGCGGCCGAUCGUCGGCGGGAAGUACAUCGGCGGGUCCGAUCGGCGGUCAGAAAAUGGAUAAAAAUUCAUCGUCGCCGAGGUACCAGUGUCCCGAUUGCGGUAAAUCCUAUUCGACGUAUUCCGGAUUAUCGAAACACCAACAAUUUCAUUGCGCGGCCGCCGAAGGACAGACUAAAAAAUCAUUCUCCUGCAAAUAUUGCGAAAAAGUUUACGUAAGUCUGGGUGCACUGAAAAUGCACAUAAGAACCCACACGUUACCUUGCAAGUGUCAUUUAUGUGGUAAGGCAUUUUCAAGGCCAUGGCUACUACAGGGACACAUAAGAACCCAUACGGGUGAAAAACCAUUCAGUUGUCAGCAUUGCAAUCGGGCGUUCGCCGACAGAAGCAAUUUACGAGCCCAUCUCCAAACUCAUAGCGACGUUAAAAAAUAUUCGUGCUCAUCGUGCAGUAAAACUUUUAGCAGAAUGUCUUUACUAACCAAACACCAAGAAGGUGGAUGUCCCGGAGUAGCUGUACCGAUGGCAUACGGUUGCUGAAAAAGAGAGAGAGAGAGAAAAAAAAAAAAAACAUCAUAAAAACAUAUUCUGAAUUAUUCUUUUCAGAAUAUCGCACAUACAGAUAAAGAGGUUCGUUUGACAUGUAUAUCAUAUAUAUGUAAUAUAUAUAUAUAAGUAUUUAUGAAUCACGAAGAGAUUGAAUAUAUACAGUGCCUUAAAACAGAAGAAAAAAGAAAAAUUUAUGGUAAUAUUUCGAUAUUUAAAUAUAUACCUAACAAGUUCCAAUUUUACUUCAUAUAUUGCAUUAUACAAAAAUGAAAGAUCAUUGAAAAAAACGAGCGAAAAAAAGAACCUCGCACCACGUAUAAUAAGACUGCAGCAGUUUAUGAUCGAGUACAAAACAAGAAUCAAGAGAUGAACAAAAAAAAAAAUUAAUAAUAAGAAUGAUAGUAAUAAUAAUAAUGAUAACGACAAUCGCGCGCGGAACACGAGAAUCAUUUUCUCUUCGAAAUUAUUGAAGGAAAAAAAUCUGUCCGUAGAUUUCAACUUUUUGAGAAAAUGAAUGAUCAUAUAUAGUUUGUUUUUUUUUUCCAUUUUUCUUCCGAUGCCAUAAUAAUUCAUACAUAGAAAAAAGAAAGGAGAUGUAUUAUACAUGGGUUUUGGUGCUAAGCCGCGUGCAGGGAUAUAAAGUAAAAAAAAAAACAAAUUAUACCCGCACACGAAAGGUGUUAAUUACAUAUGAAUAUAAUAAUUGCUGCUGAACCGCCGAAAGCGGUCCCGUGAAAAACCAUUUGUGCCAUUUGUUUCAAUUCUUUCCAUAAAACGUUUGAAGUUAAGGAGAAAGAAAUGCAUAUGUACACUCAGUUUACUCAAUUAGCUUAUACGUAUAUCUAUGACAUUUUUCUGCUCUUUCUCUCGCGUGAAGAUUUGAAUUUUAUCUUUUCUCACAUAAAUUAUUAUCCCGGAUUGAUAACACUCCUGUACAGUUUUUUUUUUUUUCAUUCUUUCACUUAACAAUUAUGAUAUCGUCAUUUUACACAACACAUACAUACUGACCUAAUAAUUUAUAUAAAUCAUUUUUAACACGAUUAUUAGAUUUUAAGUUUAAGAAUAUAAUUUUCUAUCGAUAGCACAAAAUUACCGCACAACGUCGUGUUGUACAUGAAAAGCCAUUUUUUGAUAAAAAAUAUGCAGUGCCUAGAUGAUAAGAUUUUAAAAUAGUAUUAUUACAAUAAUUGAUAACAAGAAGAGUAGAAAAAACAUAUAUGUGUACAAAUUUCUUUUUUCUACUCUUCUUCCCUAUACGUGUUCUAUUUCUUUCGAAUUUUACUUCUUUGUAUGCUCUCUUUCUUCUGUUUCCUAUCGAACUAUGUACUUCUCAAUUUUGUAAAAUAGUUAUCCCUAUCAUUAUUAUCAUUAUUAAUAUUUUUAGCACGUAAGUCGAUGUAUAUUUGAACUUUUUAAUUUCUCUCUCCACUACUAUUUAAGUUACUCGAUGAAACUAGUCAUGUAUUAUAACAAUCAUUAUAUACACCGACGAGAAUAUGAUGAUUACAUCAACAUUUUAUAAAAUAUUUAACAACAAUAACGAAUAACAAUAUUUCAAAACGUGAAAAAAAAAAGUAAGAAAAGCAAAAAAAAAAAAAUUAAAAAAAAAAAACGUCAAACCAACAGCUCGAUAAGCCCGAUAUACGAUGAUCGCCUUAAAAAUAUCGUUCUAAACUUAAUAUAACAUAUUAUAUAUACAGAAAAAAGACAAAAAAAAAUAUAUACAUACAUAAAUUAUAUAUAUGUGUAUAUUAUAUACAUAUAUAUAUUAUAUUAUUAUAUAUCGUGCGUUUUCAGGGUGAGCAACAACACUAUUUUUUAGAUAUAAUGAAUAUAAAUAGAAAAAAAAAAUAACUACUACGAAAUAUAGAUAUUGCCUAUAGAUAUAAAGAAAAUAUUUUAUACGAAAAUAAAUCACUAAAAUCAAACUUGAAAAAAAAAA